UGCUUAUUGUUUUGGAAAAUUGAAUUCAUUCUUCUUUUUCAGACAUUGACGAAUGUUCACAAGCAAACAUGUGUCACGCUGACGCAACAUGUACUAAUACAGCAGGAUCAUACCUAUGCACUUGCAACACUGGUUACACAGGCAAUGGAACGUAUUGCGUAGGUCAGUAAAGAACAAUAAAAUAAAUUAAUGAAAAUAUUAAACGGGAAAUGGGAAAAUUAAAUGGGAAAACUUAGAUUCCAGACGACGAGGUAUGAGCAAGGUUACAUUCUUAUAUAACGACUUUGGUGCACCAAAUUUGAAAGCGUUAUUGAUGAAGAGGAAUUCUUUAGAAACUAAUUGUGACUCAGAAAUUCUCACACUGAUUUGGUCCUUCCUAAACCGAAAUCCAAGUUUCUUGAAAAAGCUUUAAGUACAGUGGCGGUAAACUUUGGAAUAGUCUUCCGCCCGCCGCUAAGGUUCGAAGCGCAAUCAAUUUACUCUUUCAAAAACUAUGUAAACUAAUUUCAUAGUUAGAUAGAAGCAACUAUAGUUUUUAAUAUACCCCCGAAUCACUCCAAUUUAAUUGAAUAUUUUUUAAAAUCUCUUGUAAAAAGCUAUAUAUCUUUGUAACCAGGCCCGUAGCUGAGGGGGGGCCUGGGGGGCAGUGCCCCCCCUCACUCGAUAAUAAAAUUGAAAUUAUGCCCGCCCUUAUUCCACAUUUUUGCCAUGAUAUACAGUACUACAGAGACCGUAGAAGAUUAAUACUUGAGGCUCAUUGUCAUACUUCAUUUUUGUACGAAAAUAGAUUGCUUGUGGCCUAAAAUAAAUAACCUCAAAGGCGUAAAGUAUGGGGGGGAAGGCUUUGGAGCUCGAGCCCCUCCAGAUAUCUUACACUGGGGGGUUAUCCCCUGCAGACGUUUUGCAGAACUAAUAGCUAUUAAUGUUGUUAUUUUGGGGGGGGGGCUAAGUAGUUGCAACGUACUCGUAUGGAAAAUUUUUUUACCUAAAAAUUAAGUUGUCGGGGGGGGGGGGGUCGAGUCAGAAUCAUCCCAACCCCUCUGUUACAUUCUUUCUGCAGUGCUCCUCCGGAAAUUGAGAGCCAGCUACGGGCUUGUUUGUAACUAACUUUUACUUGUGCUAGUGACACCCCUUGUGGAAAUGAACUAUUGCUCUUGACAAGGCUAGCGUCAUUAUAUAAAGAUUCACAUACCUACAUACAUACAUACAUACAUACAUACAUACAUACGCACAAACACACAGAAUGUUGUAAUAACUACAGAUACAAGUAACUAUAACCAAGAGUGUCGGUUGGCGAGCACCUUACGGCUUGGUUAAGCCUGUUUCUAUAGGUCAAGGGCAGAUUUUCGACGAGCUAGGGACGCGAAGCGCCUUUUUAGUGGGAUCCUAGGACGAGUGUAGUAAUUCCGCUCGACGAUUUACACUCCUGUACUUAAGCUUUUAUUUUAUGUCUAUGUUGCUGUUUUUCAGUAUAUCUUGCGAAUUUCAAUUUAAAAUAGUUUACAGAUGUAAAAAACAUCUUUUCGAUUUCUUACUCUCUGUAACUGAUUUGGGCAUAGGUUACUGCCACGAGGCAAUAUCAAUUCCUAAAUUACUAAUGAUUUAGCCCUUCCCUAAUUACUUGAUAUGUUUGAAUAUGUUGGGGUAGAGUUCAUUGGUUUUUUUUAUCCUUUUCUCAGAGACGCUUAACCCACAAAUAUGUUGUGGCUUUUUCCGUUUGGCAGUGAGGAAAGUCCUCUUAAUUUUUAAUCAUGCCUAUUGUUUUGGGAAAUUUAAUUCAUUCUUCUUUUUCAGACAUCGACGAAUGUUCACAAGCAAACAUGUGUCACGCUGACGCAACAUGUACUAAUACACCAGGAUCAUACCUAUGCACUUGCAACACUGGUUACACAGGCAAUGGAACGUAUUGCGUAGGUCAGUAAAGAACAAUAAAAUAAAUGAAUAAAAAUAUUAAAGGGGAAAUGGGGAAAAUUAAAUGGGAAAGCUUAGAUUCCAGACGACUUUUUAUCAGCAAGGUUACAUUCUUAUAUAACGACUUUUGUGCACCAAAUUUGAAAGAGUUAUUGAUGAGGAGGAAUUCUUUAGAAACUAAUGGUGACUCAGAAAUUCUCACACUGAUCUCGCCCUUCCUAAACCGAGACGCAAGUUUCUUGAAAAAGCCUUAAGUACAGUGGCGGUAAACUUUGGAACAGUCUUCCGCCACAGCUAAGGAAGCGCAAUCAACUUACUCUUUCAAAAACUUUGUAAAUUAAUUUCAUUGUUAGAUAGAAACAACUAUAGUUCUUAAUAUACGACCGAAUCACACAAAUUUAUUUGAAUAUUUUUUAAAAUCUCUUGUAAAAAGCUAUAUCUUUGUAACUAACUUUUACUUGUGCUAGUGACACGCCUUGUGGAAAUGAACUAUUGCUCUUGAGAAGGCUAUCGUCAUUAUAUAAAGCUUUGCAUACAUAAAUACAUACAUGCGCACAUACACACAUAAUGUUGUAAUGGCUACACAUCCAAGUAACUAUAACUAAGAGUGUCGGUUGGCCCGGCGAGCACCUUACGACUUGGUUAAACCUGCUUCUAUAGGUCAAAGGCAGAUUUUCUACGAGCCAGGGGCGCGAAGCGCGUUUUUAGUGGGAUCCUAGGACGAGUGUAGUAAUUCCGGUCGACAAUUUACACUUCUGUUCUUAAGCUUUAUUUUAUGUCUAUGUUGCUGUUUUUCAGUAUAUCUUGCGAAUUUUAAUUUCGUAAAAUAGUUUACAGAUGUAAAAAAAUCUUUUCGAUUCCUUACUCUCUGUAACUGAUUUGGGCAUAGGUUACUGCCACGAGGCAAUAUCAAUUCCUAAAUUACAAAUGAUUUAGCCCUUCUCUACUUUCUUCAUAUAUUUGAAUAUGUUGGGGGUAGAGUUCGUUGGGGUUUUUUCAUUCUUUUCUCAGAGACGCUUAACCCACAAAUAUGUUGGGACUUUUUCCGUUUGGCAGUGAGGAAAGUCCUCUUAAUUUUUGAUCAUGCUUAUUGUUUUGGGAAAUUGGACUCAUUCUUCUUUUUCAGAUAUCGACGAAUGUUCACAAGCAAACAUGUGUCACGCUGACGCAACAUGUACUAAUUCACCAGGAUCAUACCUAUGUACUUGCAACACUGGUUACACAGGAAAUGGAACGUAUUGCGUAGGUCAGUAAAGAACAAUAAAAUAAAUGAAUAAAAAUAUUAAAGGGGAAAUGGGAAAAUUAAAUGGGAAAGCUUAGAUUCCAGACAACUAUUUAUAUCAGCAAGUUUACAUUCUUAUAUAACGACUUUGGUGCACUAAAUUUGAAAGAGUUAUUGAUGAGGAGGAAUUCUUUAGAAACUAAUUAUGACUCAGAAAUUUUCACACUGAUCUGGCCGUUCCUAAACCGAGACGCAAGCUUCUUGAGAAAGCUUUAAAUACAGUGGCGGUAAACUUUGGAAUAGUCUUCCGCGCGAAGCUAAGGAAGCGCAAUCAAGUUACUCUUUCAUAAACUUUGUAAAUUAAUUUUAUAGUUGUCUUUACAUACAUACAUAUAUACGCACAUACACACAUAAUGUUAUAAUAACUACACAUACAAGUAACUAUAACCAACAGUGUCAGUUGACGAGCUCCAUACGGCUUGGUUAACCCUGCUUCUAUAGGUCAAGGGCAGAUUUUCGACGAAUCAGGUGUGCGAAGGCCUUUUUAGGGGGAGCCUGGGACGAGUGUAGUGAUCCCCCUCGGCAAUUUACACUCCUGUACUUAAGAACAUAGCGAAGUACGAAGUUGUCUUCCAUUAUGAUGUGAUGGACGUUUUUCCACGUUAUGCGCAUGCGCGAGUACAAACCCGCGGGAGAAAAAAAGUUUUUUAUUAUUUUGCAAAGCUUUAAUUUUAUAUCUAUCUUUCUGUGUUUCAGUAUUUUUUGGAAAUUUCAAUUUCGUAAAAGAGUAUGGCGAAGUACAAAACUGAUCAUGUUUUAUGUUGCUGUAUCAUGUUUUAAGUGUUGGAGAAAUUUAAUCAAAUUAUUUUUCUUUUUCAGACAUCGACGAAUGUUCACAAGCAAACAUCUGUCACGCUGACGCAACAUGUACUAAUACACCGGGAUCAUACUUAUGCAAUUGCAACACUGGUUACACAGGCAAUGGAACGCAUUGCGUAGGUCAGUACAAAAGUGACAGUUAGCGCGCCGCUUAUGGCUUGGCUAAGUCUGCUGUUGUAGGCCAAGGAGGGGAACAUGUCGUCGCUGACGAAUUUUAUCCAGGACGCUUUCUUUUUUUGCUUCAAAAAUUUUGAAGACAACAAAAAACAGAUUUCGCUAAAUUGUGUCUGGUACUGCAGUAGACGAAAAAUAUAUGCAAAAUAGCACGUGUAAACGUUAAUAGACGUUAACGAAGACCACGAUUACUUGCCGCAAUCGAGAAAUGAGCAGUCAAGAAUUCUUCGCUGAAACAUGGCCGAAAAUGUGUCUUUUGAUGGUAACUAAUCUCGACCUGGAAUGUAAUACUGAUGAAAUGUUACUUGAAAUUUGCAGUAGCUAUACAUGUGUUCGUCUUCCUGAGAAAAGUAUAAAUAUAUGCUUAUUGAGUGAUACUGUGCCCUAACGAUCGCUAUGGAUUUUCCUUAAUUUUAUCAUAUAUAUAGGUUGUGCCAUCAAAAUUUUAUAAGGUCAGAACUUGUGAAAAUUAUGGAAAUAGAAGAAAUGAUAGUAUUACCGCAACAGUGUUUUCUCAGUUAAUCCAAUUUUUGUUGCAAAAUUGUUUUUCGAAGCCUUCGUUUUUUUUCUAAAUCAACCAAGUGGAAGCAGGCAUAUCGUCUUCUCCCGCUGAAAACCCAACGAGUUUCCGGGCAUGCUGAAACAAUUUUCCCGGCACCUGUUGUCAAAGGGUAGACUUUCCAUUCCCCCAGCCAACGGCGCAAAGCGCUUUUCCGGGCGUGAGCCCGGGACGAGGGUAGCAAUUCCACUCAGCUAUUUGCUCCCCGAUAUUUGAGAACAUAGGGAAGUGUGCAAAGUCGUCGUCCAUUACGUAGUGGCCGGUUUUCGAUAUUAUGCGCAUGCACGAGACAAGCUUGCCCGAAGAAAAUGUAUUUGAUUUUGCAUAGCUUUUAUUUCAUAUAUAUGUUGUUGUUUUUCAGUAUAUCUUGCGAAUUUCAAUUUUUAAAAUAGUUUACAGAUGUACAAAACAUCUUUUCGAUUUCUUACUCUCGGUAACCGAUUUGUACAAAGUUUACUGCCACAAGGCAAUAUGAAUUUCUAAAUUACUAAUGAUUUAGCGCUUUCCUAAUUAGGCUACUUGAUAUAUUUGAAUAUGUUAAGGUAAGUCCAUUGUUUUUCCCCAUCAUCUUCUUAGAGACUGCUUAGCCCACAAAUUUGUUGGGGCAUUUUCCAUUUGGCAGUGAGGAAAGUCCUCUUAAUUUCUGAUCCUGCUUAUUGUUUUGGAAAAUGGAAUGAAUUCAUUGUUCUGUUUCAGGCAUCGACGAAUGUUCACAAGCAAACAUGUGUCACGCUGACGCAACAUGUACUAAUACACCAGGAUCAUACCUAUGCACUUGCAAC